AUGUGUUUGGUUCUCUUCAUAUUGUUUUGUUCUUUCGUUUUUACUGAUGGAAGACACUUCAAUGGAGGAACUAUCAGUUGGGCACCCAUUGAUCCUUAUGAUAAUUCCACUUCAGUUGGUAUUACUAUUACACAGUCUUAUUCAUGGACAUAUCCAUACAUACAGUGUGCCACAAACGUGCCAAUAUCGACUGGUACAUUUAGUGGUGCGAACACUAAUCUGAUUUGUGCUGUUGACUGUUCAACUGAUGGUGGUUAUUCUAGUGCACCAAUUGAUAUUCUCACUGAUUGUACAUCAACUAAUUUAUCAUUGAAAAUGAUGACAAGUCAACGAUCGAAAAAUAUAACUCUGUCUGCUGAUGCACAUUUUUAUCUAGCGUACAGAGGAAGUGCCUGGGUAGCAUUAAAUGAUCCUGCUGAACAAGGUCUUGACUGGUCUAUUUUAACACAUAUUGAUCUCCGAAAACGGCCAGAUGGUUUAAUUAAUACUCCACCUGUUGCCAAAGUUGUUUCUCCACAAUAUGCCGUUGUAAAUAGAACAAUACAAAUUAAUAUUCCUGUUUCGGAUGCCAAUGCUGAUGAUGACGUACGCUGUCGUUGGUCAACAUAUACAGUUGGAUCUCGAAGACGAAAACGAUCCGACAAAGAAGAACAUAUUAAGCAUCUACCUGAUAUUAAUUUUUAUAAAAAAGUAGCCAGUGAUAGAGAACUGAUUCAUAUUAGAAAAAAAAGAGACUGUCCCGACGGUUGCAACGCUACUUGUGCAUAUGGCUGUGCAUGCAGCUGUACUGGUUGUGUUUCCACAGCAUGUAGUGGUUCGACAUGUAAUGAUACUGGAGGGUGUGCAAUAGAAGUCGUUACGAAUACAAUCGAGACGGCAAGCACGACCGACACGACAACCACAACAGAUAUGAUAACCACAACCGAUACGACAACCACAACCGAUACGACAAGCACGACCGACACGACAACCACAACAGAUAUGAUAACCACAACCGAUACGACAACCACAACCGAUACGACAAGCACGACCGNACCACAACCGAUACGACAAGCACGACCGACACGACAACCACAACAGAUAUGA